UCAGGUGCCAGUCUUAAAAACAAAAUAAAAAAGAUGUAUUUCAUUUUAUUUUUGUGUGAAGGUACUCACUGGAUUGCAGAAGUCAUCGAGAACAUUCCGAAUGCUAGGAUUACUCUAACAUCUCCUAUCGAAUUGGGAGACAUGUCUAAAUUUGAAGAGCUGAAAAUGUACUGUAAGAGAAGAGUUAUUCCAACACAUUUGAGCUACAACAUGCUACCAACUGAUAUUAUACAAAAACAAUGCAAGAUUAUCUACAUCAUUAGGAAUCCGAAAGACACAGCUGUUUCUCUAUUUCACUACUACAGAGAGAACCCUAACCUUCCCGGCAUCGAAACCUGGGCUGCAUUUUUAGAGCUGUUCCUGAGAGGAGACGUUGUAUAUGGAUCCUGGUUUGAUCACGUUUUAAGUUUGGAAGAGCACAAAAAUGAUAAAAACAUUCUAAUUAUAUUCUAUGAAGAAAUGAAGAAAGAUAUUUCUAAAAGCAUAAAGAAAAUAACUACUUUCCUCGGUAUAAAUGUGAGUGAUGGUGAAAUUAAUAAGAUUGCUUGGAAAACAUCAUUCAGUGAAAUGAAAAAUAAUGCAACCAAAGAAAACCGGGAUCCAGAUCACACCAUCUGUGCCCUCACGUCUGAUCGGAACCUGGUAUUUAGGAAAGGAGUGGUGGGUGAUUGGAUAAACUACUUUACUUCAAAGCAGAAGAGAGUAUUUGAUGAACUAUUCACAGAGAAAAUGAGACACAGUGAACUAGCAAGACAUGUGGAAGAUUGCGCUUAAUAUAAAUGGGAAAUGAAACCACUUUCCAUUUUAUGAGAUACAGUGUUUGGGGAUACAUAAAUAUUUUUCAUUAAUGUGGAAAGCAGAUAUUUCUUUCAGUGAGAAAUGGACACUUUAUGAACAUGUCAAAAGUGUCAUGUAUGAGAGACCAUUAUUAUCAUAUUUGGUGAUAGCAGAGAAUUAUUAAUAAAAGGAAGUAUACAAUUUUUGAAUGGCUGAAUUAUAUAUCUGGCUUCAGGAUAUUCAUAAGGCAAGGAGAUUACUUCUAUUCAGAGAGUGCAUAUUACUGUGGAUGUUCUAUAAGCUGCACUAACGCACAAUAAAAGAGGUGAGGGAUUAUCUAAAAUAACAAAUGUCUGAGAAGAAACUAUUUUCUGCCUAUUUAGACCAUCAUGACCUCUAGACAGUUUUAUUUCUCCAAUGUCAUACAAUGACAAACAUAAUCUUACCAAAGUAGAAAUACCUAAUAGGUAGGUUCUAUCAAAUGAUCCCAUUCUGGCAUAUUGGUGCAAAUGAAAAAGGAAAAAAUACUUUUUCACAUCAAAUUAAUA